AUGGCAGGGACGGCGCGCCACGACCGGGAGAUGUCAAUCCAGGAAAAGAAGCUCACCACAGCCACCGACCCCAUCGAGAGACUCCGCCUGCAGUGCCUGGCCAGGGGCUCUGCGGGCAUCAAAGGACUUGGCAGAGUGUUUCGAAUUAUGGAUGACAAUAACAACCGAACCCUUGAUUUCAAAGAAUUUGUGAAAGGGUUAAAUGAUUAUGCUGUGGUCAUGGAAAAGGAAGAGGCAGAAGAGCUUUUCCGGAGGUUUGAUAAAGAUGGAAGUGGAACAAUAGACUUCAACGAAUUUCUUCUCACAUUAAGACCUCCAAUGUCCAGAGCCAGAAAAGAGGUAAUUAUGCAAGCAUUUAGAAAGUUAGACAAGACUGGAGAUGGUGUGAUAACAAUCGAAGACCUUCGUGAGGUGUACAAUGCAAAACAUCACCCAAAGUACCAAAAUGGAGAUUGGACAGAAGAGCAAGUAUUCCGGAAAUUUCUGGAUAACUUUGACUCACCCUAUGACAAAGAUGGAGUGGUGACCCCCGAGGAGUUUAUGAACUACUAUGCUGGGGUGAGCGCGUCCAUCGACACCGAUGUGUAUUUCAUCGUCAUGAUGAGAACCGCCUGGAAGCUCUAAAUGUGUGGCUCGGGGAUCAGGACCUUGAGUGCUGCCACGUGGCUCCAAAUGAUUAAACAUCAGCUCAAACCCAGGAUCUUACUUGAGUUCAUGUUCAUCCCAGUGUUUCUUCCAUGUCCACACACACUGCAUCUUCUCUGGCAGAAACAGAGGCAUCAAGUAUUUAACUGUGACUUCUCUGAGGCUUCUUCCUUAGCUCUAAAAUGGGGGUUAAUUAAAAUAAGAUCCAAAAAUC